CCUCCAAAUUUUAAGGUGUUUUGUGAGAUGAACUUCCAAUCCUCUCAAAUUUAUUCGACAGGGACUAAACAAUGAGCAACUGUAAAAUCCAAACUUUUACACAACCUAGAGUUGCGAUUCUUAAGACUUCAUGACAAGGCACAAAGAAGAUUUGAAAGCCAAACAAAAAGAUGACCAUAAAAGAGUAACAAAGUAGAAAUUCCUUUUCCCAAACCAAAGGCAUACACGACAAAUUCCCCUUUAUUCCUUGCUCUAUCCUAUCAAUCAGUGCGCCAUAGCUCCUUUAAUGCAAAUUCUACAUCCUGCAUAAUAAUAUCUCUUUCUAUGCCCUCUAAUUGCCUCGACUUUGUCAAAAGACAAUGGCUGCUAAUUCCAUCAGUUUUUCGGGCACAGCCCCAAGACAGACAAUGUGGCUGAAAACAAAGACAGUGCCUUCCCUUGGAUCCUUGCCUUUUACAACUCAAUUUGGUCAACGUCACAAAAUGGAAAUAUUACAGCAUAGCAUUUGUAUGGGAAGACAAACAGAAAACAAAGCAGUGCUACAUCACCGCAAGCUUUUCCCGAUUAUGGCAUCAGCUAAUAAAAGCUGGAGUUUCACGAAUUCAAGCCCUCUCUCUGCAUCUGAUACGGUUAAAGAAUUCUACAUAUGCAUCAACGAGAAGAAGUUAAAGCAACUAGGUAAUUACAUUUCAGCGGACUGUCACAUCGAUGAGUGCUCUUUUCCCACACCAUUCCAAGGCAAAAAGGAAGUAAUGCAGUUUUUUGAUCAGCUUACUGUAAGCAUGGGCCAGAAUGUCAGGUUCAAUGUGAAACAUGUUUAUAAAGGAGAUGAUCAGCUAACAGCAGCAGCAAACUGGCAUUUGGAAUUUAAAAAGGUGCAAAUUCCAUUCACUAGAGGCUGCAGUGUCUUUGAAUUCACCAAAGAAGGAGAAAAAAUAAUUAUCAAGAAAGCUCAAAUUGUGAUUGAGUCACCAAUCAAACCAGGAAUACUAGUGCUGACUUUGUUGAAGACAGUGACUUCAAUCUUUGAUAAUUUCCCAACGACAGCUCAAUGGUUCCUAAAGAGACAACAUGAAAUCCUACAAUGGAUACUAAAGAUUCACUCAAUGUCUUUUACAAUGUUCAUCAACCCUUUUCUCGAAGGCUACUUUAGAAUCUGGAGUUACCCAACUAAAUUACUAAGCUAUGCAUUUAAAGUUAUAGUCUUCAUUUCAAAGUUUUUAAACAAGGAGUAA